UAGUUAUCCUUUUUUUAACCUUGAAAUGUUUGAAAAGACAUUAACAGACUUAAUUCGCGGUAUUCGCACUAAUAAGAAAAAUGAGCAAAAAUAUAUUGCUGCUUGCCUACAAGAAAUUCGUCAAGAGGUUAAAAGUAAUGACCCUGACGUAAAAGCAGUAGCUAUUUCGAAGUUAACUUAUCUUCAAAUGCUCGGAUAUGAUAUGUCUUGGGCGUCAUUUCAUGUUGUUGAAGUUAUGUCCUCGGCAAAAUUCCUUCAGAAACGAAUAGGAUACUUAGCUGCUACACAAUCAUUUCGACAGGAUACUGAUGUGUUAAUGUUAACAACAAAUCUUUUGAAAAAGGAUCUUGCUUCAGGAAAUCAUCUUGAAGUAGGAGUUGCACUUAAUGGCUUAGCUCAUAUAGUAACACCAGACCUUGCUCGUGAUUUAUGUCAAGAUUUGGUUUCAAUGCUUAACCAUUCUCGUCCUUAUGUGAGGAAGAAAGUUGUUCUCGUUUUAUAUAAACUUUUCCUUAAAUUUCCCGAAGCUCUGAGAUUAAGUUUUCCAAGAUUAAAAGAGAAACUAGAUGAUCCUGAUCCAUCGGUUGCAUGUGCUGUUGUAAAUGUAAUAUGUGAAUUGGCAAGGAAGAAUCCAAAAAAUUAUUUAUCACUUGCUCCACAAUUGUUCAGUAUAUUAAAUACAUCGACAAAUAAUUGGAUGCUUAUUAAGAUUAUUAAAUUGUUUGGAGCAUUAACCCCACUUGAACCUAGACUCGCAAAAAAAUUAUUACCACCAAUUACACAACAUAUCCAGACAACACAUGCCAUGUCACUGUUAUACGAAUGUAUACAUACAGUCAUAACGGGUGGAAUGCUGAAUUUGGGUGGAAAUUCCGAUUCAUUGGCUGCUAUGUGUGUAAAUAAGUUGAGAAUAUUUCUGGAGGAUACAGAUCAAAACCUGAAAUAUGUUGGACUUUUGGCAUUAGCUAAAAUUCUGCCAACUCAUCCAAAAUUAGUUUCAGAACAUAAAGAUAUCAUUUUAAAAUGUAUUGAUGAUCCUGAUAUUAGUAUUAGAUUACGCGCUUUAGAUUUAGUUGUUGGCAUGGUUAACAAAAAAAAUUGUACGGACAUUGUCAAACGUCUAAUGUCUCACCUUUUACCAUCAAGUAAUUCUGAUCCCACAACAAGUUAUCCACCUCCAUCAACACUACUUGAACCCGCUUACCGGUCUGAUAUUAUAAAUCGUGUAAUAUACAUAUGCUCACAAAAUUCUUAUAGUAAUAUCACGAAUUUUGAAUGGUACAUUGCUGUCUUGGUUGAUUUGACUUACGUAAGUGGAGUAAAGGUUGGUGAAAUAUUAACUCAACAAAUAAUGGAUGUUGGUGUUCGUGUUAAAAGUGUACGACAAUAUUGUGUUAAGACUAUGCAACGAUUGAUUUCGGAUGCAAAUCUUUUAGAAAAUUGUAAGCUACCGGAUUCAAAUGCCGAAGUACUUUACGCCGCGGCAUGGAUCUCUGGAGAAUAUUGCAGUUAUUUGGAAAAGCCGAUCGAGACAAUAGAAUUUCUUGUUCAACCUGGCGUUACCAAGCUUUCGCAUAAUGUUCAAGCUGUGUAUGUUCACGCGGUCUUGAAAAUCUAUGCAUAUUGGGCAAAUAGUCUUGUUUACAAUUGGGAUGAUGAUGCUAAACAAGAAUUAAUACAGAUAACUGCUAAAUUGAAGGAUAAAAUUGGAAUGUUUAGUUCUUGUACAGAUUUGGAGGUGCAAGAAAGGGCAUAUAAUACACGCGAAAUAUUUUCUAUUAUCCAUCAAAAUUUGAUUAAUGAAGAGAAUGAUUUAAAAGAAAAUGGUUAUUCUUCCCAGAAAGCCCCUGCAAUAAUUACUGAGAUUUCACCUCUUUUCUUCUCUUUUGAGCUUAAUCCUGUCGCUCCUAAAGCGCAAAAGAAAGUUCCUGUACCGGAGGGACUUGAUUUAGACGCUUGGAUUAAUGAACCAUUACCUGAAUCAGAAAAUAAUGAGAGUGAAGAAGAGGAGGAAAGUUAUGGAUAUGGUUAUGGUCAAACAUUUGGUGGAAGUGGAGAUUUAAUAUUUUCAGAUGGCAAUGGUGCCACUGUCGGUAGAAGAAGAAGAAGAAAAAAUGGAAGGAAAAAUGGAUAUGAAAGUGAAGAUAAUGAAGAAAUUCGUGAAAAACGUCGCAACGAACGAAGAGAACGUAUCAAGAAUGAUCCAUAUUAUAUUAAUGUUGAUGAUAAAAGUCCAUUAAAAAGAUCAAGAUCUGAUGGAAGAUCUGAUGGAUUAUCUUCACGUAAAACCGAAGAAAUUGAUGUAGAUUCAAUACCGGUGGUUCGUUUAACUAUGGAUGAUUUCGAUUUCAAAUCAAAAAGAUAUUCUGGAAAAUCGAGAAAGUCAAAAGGAAGCAAAAAAGAGAAUCGACGAUCGCCUUCACCACCAUCAAUACCUCCGGUUAUUUAUACUGACGUUGGUGAAAUGCCAGAGAAUGCUACUUUAUCUGAUGAUGAAAAAGAUUCUAAGAGUAAUAAUAUUCGUCAAUCAACUUGGAAUAUGUCGGAAAAAAAUAAGGGUAUUCUAGAUCUUGAUUAUUCUGGUGUAUCUAGUGUUGAUUUAUCGACUCCCUUAAGAGAGGAUGAACAUUUCCCACAAAUGGCGAUUUAUUUAAGUCCCGAAGAAGUAAGGAGAAGAGAGGAGGAGAGAUCGAGAAAAUUAUUAGAAGAAAGAAGAGCUAAAAUGGCGGAAGAAGCUCGUUUUAAUAAAAACAAGAGUGAAAAACCCAAGUCAAAAUCUGGUUCUUCAAAAACUACAACAAAGACAUCAUCAAAGUCUGUAUCAAAAACUAAGGAGGAGGAACCUAAUAAAAAGAAGAAGGUUUCAAAGAAAAAGAAUACAGAAGAAACAAACCCCAAGAAAAAGAGUAAGAAAACUAGUCAGAAGAAAUCAAAGAAGAAGUUGGUUUCUGAACAAGAAAUAUCCGAAACAUCUGAAAACAUCCAAAAUAUGAGUGAAUCGAAUGGAAUCAAAAGAACGACAGCCAAGACUUUGUUAGAUACAGACGAUUUAUAUAUUUCUUAUAUAUUACAUUUAGGAACAACAACUGAAAUUACAAAUGAACCACCUACUCUUAUCGCUGAUUUCACUAUUCGAAGCAAUGUAUCAAAUAAAAGUUUAACCGAAUUAUCAUUUACUUUUGAAUCCACAUCGGACAUUCAAUUUGAUAAUGCAUUAUUAGAAGUGGGUGAAUUACAAAGUGAAGAACAAAGAGAGAUGACUAUUGAGUUUAGAGUUUUGGGAAUAGUAGGUGUGGGUUUAAGCGUAACAGGAAAUUUAGCUUACUCAACACAGUCAUCGGAUGAAGAAGAACCGACAAAUCACAAUAUACCUAUCAAACUUGAAUUACCGUUAUCAAUAUUUAUGCUUAAUAUUCCUAAAAUUACUCCAGAACAAUUUAAAACAACUGUCUCACAAACAUCAAGUUUCCCUUUCUCUGCUACAACUCUAAUUCAAUUAAAUCCAAGUGAUCGUACUUUUGAACAAAUGUUUCAAGACGAAUCAAUAAGAUUAACAACUAUAGCAACUGGAACACAUGUAGUUGAAGUAGUAUCUUCCGCAAUAACUGUUUAUGGUAAAAGUGUACAAGGGUAUCAAAUUGCAGGAUUAGCAAAAUUUUUUAUUGAUGAAUCGGGCAAUGAUAAUGCUAAAUUCAAUAUAAAGGUUGAACUUAAAUGUACGGAUCAAGCAUUUUUGGAUGGGUUAAUUAGAGAGAUAGAUAAUAUGUUUAAUGAAACAAUUUAAAGUAUAUUAUUAUCGUUUUUUUUGUUGUUAAUCGGUUAUUAAUUGGGUUAUUUUUAAUUGUCAUUAUUUAUUUUUAUUUUCAUUUUUACAUAUUAAUUAAAUUUGAGUCUUAAAAACCAUCCGUG